CGAUCUAAAUCUGAGUGGACAACCCGGAAAUUUCAACCAUGUCCAUUAUGUGAAGAAAAUAGCAGAGUAAAACAUUCCUCAGACGGAAAUAGAUGCCGAUCUUGCCCGUCAAUUUCCCAAUUAACCAACAAAAUCGCCAUUAGAUCUCAUUGCCAUUGUUUCCGAUCAGCUCGUGAUCUAUAUGGUCGCCGGCGAUAGAAGAAACUGAAAAUCAAUCACCUCGGACGGAAAGGACAUGGCGGGAGCAGCGUCGGCGCUGUUCCUACUGGACAUAAAGGGUAGGGUUCUGGUGUGGCGCGACUACCGUGGGGACGUCUCAGCCGUUCAGGCCGAGCGCUUCUUCACCAAGCUCAUCGAGAAGGAGGGUGAUCCAGAGAGUCAGGAUCCUGUUGUACAUGACAAUGGAAUAACAUACAUGUUCAUCCAACACAACAAUGUUUAUCUCAUGACCGCAACCCGCCAGAACUGUAAUGCUGCUAGCCUCCUUCUAUUCCUACACCGAGUAGUCGAUGUCUUUAAACAUUACUUUGAAGAGUUAGAAGAGGAAUCACUGAGGGAUAAUUUUGUUGUAGUGUAUGAGUUACUUGACGAGAUUAUGGACUUUGGCUACCCACAAUAUACUGAAGCCAAGAUUCUUAGUGAGUUCAUCAAGACUGAUGCUUACAGAAUGGAAGUGGCACAGAGGCCUCCGAUGGCUGUUACAAAUGCAGUGUCGUGGCGCAGUGAAGGGAUACGUUAUAAAAAGAAUGAAGUUUUCCUAGACGUUGUGGAAAGUGUCAACAUUCUAGUCAAUAGCAAUGGACAGAUAAUUAGGUCAGACGUUGUUGGGGCUCUAAAGAUGCGGACGUAUUUGAGUGGUAUGCCUGAGUGUAAGCUUGGGCUGAAUGAUAGAGUUUUGCUUGAGGCACAAGGGAAAGCUACUAAGGGAAAAGCCAUUGAUCUUGAUGACAUCAAGUUUCAUCAGUGUGUGCGUUUGGCUCGAUUUGAAAAUGACAGGACAAUAUCCUUCAUUCCUCCUGAUGGAUCUUUCGACCUCAUGACCUACAGGCUCAGCACUCAGGUAAAGCCCCUAAUAUGGGUAGAAGCACAGGUCGAAAGGCACUCUAGGAGCCGCAUAGAAAUUAUGGUAAAGGCCAGGAGCCAGUUCAAGGAGCGUAGUACCGCAACUAAUGUCGAAAUCGAGUUACCCGUCCCAGCUGAUGCCACCAAUCCAAAUGUCCGUACAUCAAUGGGGUACGCUGCUUAUGCUCCAGAGAAGGACUCGUUGGUUUGGAAGAUUAAAUCUUUUCCUGGUGGUAAGGUUCGCUACCUGAAAAUCAUCGAAAAAAGUGGGUAUCAGGCUCUGCCAUGGGUGAGAUACAUAACAAUGGCUGGUGAAUAUGAGCUGAGACUUAUUUGAUGGCUGCUUACUUUUGCCCGAUUUCAUUACUCGCUUCUUUCUAAAAGCAUGCUUUCUGCAUCUCUCGAAAAUACUAUCGUAAAUCAGAUCAAACUGAACGCCAGCUCUUUCUCGGUUGAUGAUGAACAAAAUAUGAUCUCCCUCAACAAUCUUGUAAUACCUGCAUUUCGAAUAACACAUUAUAUGGAGUUCAUAUGUUUUAUUCUAGAGGGGAAAUAAAAAAAGAUCAAUGGAAAACGAACCAUAUGCCAGGCUGUAAAGGUUGGCAUUCCCAAUCCUUGACGACAAAAUGGCUCGGGUGCUCGACUGUAACCUUUAUACGGAGGGUCAACAUCUGGAGGGUACCUCCACUGGCUCAUCUGCAACAUUCUCAAGGUUCUUGUGGUGCCGUUGAAUGCACCGGAUAAUGAGGUUAAGCUCAAGACCCAGUUAGGCGAGGUGUUUUCGUAUCCAUCGAAAG